AUGCCACCAACGUCCCAAAGCCCUCAGUUGGCGAGUAUUUUGGUAGCCCGCUUUCUACGAAGCAACAAUUACGCCGAGACUCUUGAUGCAUUCAUCCGUGAAGCGGGAUUGCCCGCCGACGCGGGGCAGGUAACAGACAACAAAGAAGGAAACAACUGGACGAUCGAGAGCGUACUCGAGGAGAAGAAAGCCUUUGAUCAGACUUUGGGAUUUGAACGGUAUGGCGAAGAAGCAAAAGAUGAGUGGAGCGUUCCUGCACCUUCCAACCCGAAAAUCGUAGAGACGCCAACAUCAUCAAACAUCCUCGCCUGCUCCGUAGAUCCAUGGGGACACCCAGAGAGCAAUGAGGACAACCAAGACACACCAUCUCGUCUCAUAGCCACAGGCGCAGACAAACAGCUCCAUCUCUUCAAGACAGAAGCCGACAAUGCCAUCUUCAGCUCACUCCCAGGACUCUCCGAGUCCCCGAUCCUAUCAUACGUCUCUAUCUGCAAUGGCGAGUACGUCUGUUUAACCAACAUGUCGGGCCAGCUCCUCUUACAACGGAACGCCGAGGUCCUCGACAAAAGAAAAGACCACGCCAAAUACGCCGUCAAAGUAGUCGCAUUCGAAGACCACGACUCCCCACAGAGACCCAUAUGGGUAGCCACAGCCGGCUGGGACUCCAAGGUCCAUCUCUACCGUCUAGAUCUCGCAGACGAAGGCCCCAUAGCGAUCGGCGAGCCCGUCGCAUGCAUCACCCUAGCUUCGAACCCGGAGUCCUUGCUCUUCGUCCAACACCCGGACACAAAGGAACUACUCCUGCUCGUCGCCAGGCGCGACUCCACCCAUCUGUACUACUACCAGGUCCAACACCAACCGUACGAAUGCACCCUCCUUGGCAAACAGAACCUGGCGCCCCAUUCCAACGCGUGGAUCGCCUUCUCCCCGUCCUGUCUCGCCCUCAGCCCCCAUGACCCGGGCCUCUUGGCGGUCGCUACCUCAACUCUACCACAUAUGAAGGUUAUCAUUGUGCGGCUUCUGUUCCCAUCUACGGAUGAUAACGCCGACGGUCCAGAGCCGGAGACACAGGCUACGCAGGCUCUCGCGGCGCUGUCACUUCAGAAUCGGGAGGACGCUGCCAUCGUGAUCCAGGCAAAUACGUUUGCGCCGCAGACGGCGUAUUCGACGCCGCAGGUUGCCUGGAGACCGGAUGGUUCGGGUGUCUGGGUUAAUGGGGAUGAUGGGGUGAUUCGGGGGGUGGAGACUAGGACUGGGAAGGUGGCUACAGUGUUGAAGGAUGGGCAUGUGGCUGGGUCUAAGAUUCGGACGAUUUGGGCGGGUUGGGUAGAUGUCUUGAGGGAUGGGGAGGUGGUGAGGGAGGAGUGGUUGGUUAGUGGGGGGUUUGAUAAGAGGCUGAUUGUUUGGAAGGCUUGA